AUGUUGCUCUGCGUAUCCCCGCGCGUUUUGCUCACUCGUCUCCUCCGUGUAGCCCCCCGUUCCCAAUCGACUCAAACUGGGCUUUCGACAACGAACGCGAACUUGCUGGCCUCUCUGGACGUCCUCGGGCGUUGGGUCUGCCCAUCCUCAACGUGGACUGCGAAGAUGCCUCUCCUUGUAUGUGACAAGACAAGACAAGACAAAUUUUCCAACAGCUGGACCCCCCCUCUUCCGGUCCUGCUCAGGCUGCAAGGCACUGUUAACUUGGCGGCGCUACUUCUCCUCCUGAGCUGCUAUUGGCUCGACAAUGGGGCCGUCGUUGUCCCUCUGCUUUUGCUCUACUUCGAUUCGUACAAUUCUUGCCACCUUGGUCUUGUCAUCACGGUCCAUGACCAACCUCUGCUGGGAUGCGGCCUUGAACUUGUUACUACUGGUCGAUUUGAAUUGUCGAACCUCUGCUCGGGCACAUUCUUCUGUCGAGCGCAACCCCCUGCGCACGGAGGGGAACCUCUGCUCCAGCGUUGAUUUGUCGUGGUCGUCAUCGAGCGAUGCCUAAUAGAGGGGGAACCUCUGUUCGGACAUGCAUAUCUUACUGUAAGUCUUUCUGCUGUUGGCAUAUGAUGUAGUACUGAUGACUGGCAUAGCUGUCGGCGAGUGUAACUUCGCGUGGAGGAGGAACCUCUGCUCCGGCCCGGAAUCCUUACUGGUACGUUACUGCCCUUGCCCCUGCAUGGUGCUAUAUUGAUCUCAACUUUAGAUUCUUGGCCGUCGUCAUUGCGGCGCUACUGACCCUUGUACAGAGGGGGGAACCUCUGUUGGUACGCAGAAUUUCGUUCCUGACAUGAUGUUGAUGAUGGUUUUAGAUUUCUGUCCUCAUGCGACCUUGUCCGCUGCUCAUCCUUGAACGAAGCUAUAGGAAAACUAUGCUGGUAUGUUCUCGUUUUUCUUGGCUGCGUUGCAUGUGAUUGAUUUGAUGUCCCAAUGGUGUCCGCUCUUGAAUGGCGGGGGAACCAGGGAAACUAUGCUGAUAUGUUAUGUGCUUCCUCCAUUGCUAAUGUCAGGUUUUUGACGCGAUACAUAGGCGAAUUUGGUGUGCUUACAGCGCUUACGUAAGCACAUUUUUUUGUUGAACAUUUUAGGGCCAAAAACUAACUAUUUUUCCCAGAUUUUUGCCGCCGGAGGCCAAUGAAGCUGCCUGGACUGUCAGCCACUUUCCCCCUGCACCGUGCUCUGCUACUGUGGGCUAGCCGCUUCUCGAUCACCUGUCGGCUGGACCCGGCACCGCCAUCGGCAUUGUUCGGCUGAUGCGAUCAUCAGAUUUUGAUGGUAUUCUGGGGAGCAUUCCGGCGGUGUUUUUGCGCAAUUUGAGGCUCAUUUUCUUGUGGGUCUUUGCUGCCAGAGGCAUGAAUAACGGGUGGCCUAGCAGCGCUGCGCUGCCCGUUGGCUCAAUGGGUGAUCAUGGUGUUCGGCUGGUAAGGCCCUGAUCCCCGCCCAAUCAUCACUGACUUUGACACAGGAAGCUACGCCGUACUCGGAUCACUCUAAUCAUCAGAUUUUGAUGGUAUUUUGCCGUGCGUUCGAGGCCCUCUUUUUUGCAAUUCAAAGCUCAAUUUUUCACAGGUCUGGGCCGCCGGAGGCCUACGUUCCCGCCCCGCUGUCAACCACCUCGGCACAGCUGUAACCAACCGGGCCAGCCCCAUCUUACUUCUCCUGCGCUGUCCGAGCCACCCCGGCAUUCCGUUCCAUCACCAUGUCCGCCUUGCCCGCUCUCGGCAUUCCUUCCCUGUCGUUCAAACCCGACUUCUCCCUUGCGAGUCAGCUAUCAUGCUGCGCUACCCGUCUUACGCGAACGUUGGGUCCCGGCCUGGCCUCACUCGCUACUUGCGCCGACCUCCUCCGCGCGAUCGUCUAACUGUUGCCGCCCUACCGCUUUUCGCGCUCUUUACUGUCAUUACGGACGUCUCGGCCCCAAUUUGA